AUGGCUAAAAAAUCUGCUUCCAGUAAAACCAAAUCUCAGAAGGGUAAGAUUACAAUAGAUGCUGGGGAGUAUGAGAGGCUUAAGGAAGUUGGGAAAGCUCAAACUAGGGCUGCCAGCAAAGCAGCUCAAAAGACAUUUCUGGAGAGACAGUGUCAAGAAAUCCUGAAACGUGCUGCUGAUACUCUUGAGGAAGAGGAUGAGGGGGAGGAUGCCCCACUGCCACCCUCCCAGAAGCGUAGGCGUAGGAGGGAGGUAGUAGAUGACCAGGAUAAAGAGAAUAAUAGUAACAUGGUCCAGACUCCACCUUCAACUCAACCUAGAUCCUGGAGGCCUAUAGAUAAUGAAGAUGAAGACGGGGGUGGGGAUGACGAUACAGAUACAGAAGAGUCUAGGAACACUGUUAGAGGGGAUAGUGAACAAGAAAAGGAGGAGGAUGGCAAUCAUUCCCAGAUGCAAGGCAGAAAAGACGCACACCAAGCUGGUAAUAUUGGUGAAAGCACUAGCACACCAUCUUGUUUGCCAUCUGCAGCUCUUUCUAUUCAACCUUUCAGUCGCAUAUCAAGCACAGCAAUAGCUAGUGUAUCUCCAUCUUCUGCUAUGACUAGGAAGCGCAAACCUACACUAGCUCUUUUCCCUCCUUCUUUGGCACAGCUAACUAUAGAAGCCCAUACUCAAAUACGUCUUCAUAUCUCAACAAAUGAAGGAUUCCCGGCUUCUAAUAUACGCUCUGAUAUCUCAUGGCAAAUAAUCACUGAAAGCUCCAAGAUUAGCAACAGCUUUGAAUCCAAAUUAAGGGAGGUUGAAGACAAUGAAGUGUUGAAAAUCUUCAUGAUGGAUUAUGUUGAGUGUGCUCUUAGAGCCUAUAAUAGUGGUGGUAAGAGCGUACAAGAUUUUUCAGAGAAUAUGUUCAAAGCUAGAUGGGGAUUCUACUUUGAGAAGCUCCCUGCACUCCAGAAGUGUUGCCCUGGUUGGAUGACUCAAAUGAGGAAUAAUCUUUACAAAAGCAUUUUACAAUCAGCCAAUCUUCAAUAUCUUAAUCAAAAACCUCAAGACAAAAAUUAUGGGAUUGACUUUGAUGCUUUAGAGGAAACUAUGGUAGUAUAA